GUUAUCAAGUUAUAAUUAUACUAUUAAUUAUAAUGAUCCAAAUUCAGUGCAGUUAUAUAGCGAAGAAGCUGAAAAAUAUGACAACAUUCUUCAAAGCAAAUCAGAUGUUAUGUUCACUGUGGAUACUUUAGAGACCUUGUCGACGCAAAUCAGGCAACAAAUGUCAGGUCCAGAAAAUUGGGAUGUAAACGAAUUAAGUGAUCCUAUUGAGUUUGAAGGAGAGCAUUCAGCAAAUGAAAUUGAUCAGUCUGAAAUCAAUUUGUUAGGAUCACCAAAAUUGGAUGAUAAUUUAUAUACACUGUGGCAAGAAUUGGUCGAAUUAGCUGCGCAAAAAUCAAUUUCAGUAGACAGUAAAUUAGAUGAACAAGACUAUGUUCAAUGUGUUGGAGCUUAUAUCUCUGGCAUAGGGCAUCGGGAUAUUAUCCCACUACGGAAACGUUCUAGUGGUCUCGAAUUAUUACGGAACACUGGGAUUAGUCGAACAUACUUUGGGAAUGAUUUACUUAAGCAUUUAACAGUUAAUAAUUCGAAUGAAGAGUCUAAUGAGAACAACGUAUGUCAUUCAAAUGAAUUUCCAGAUACAUGGGCUAACAGCAAUUGUGAGAAUGCAUUCAUUGGCUCCGGAAUUUUGGAUGUGUUAUCAAAAUUAGUCUUGCCUUUAUCACGUAAAACAGAUGGUUACUUACGUCAAAAUUUAUUAAAAACUGUCAAAUGUACAUAACC